GUUCCUUGUUAGCGGCACGAGCAUCGAGUGACACUCUUGUUUCUUGCGCAGCACUUCCGGUUCACCUCCUGAGACGACCGGGGAGGAAAUCCAAAAUAAAUCAGAAAAAGAAACACAAAAUAUAGUACAGUACAAAAUUCAUGGGUUUCAUUAUAGAUAUUAUAUCAGAGCAUAAGUUUAGUUACAAGCUGAGUUACUGAAGUGUCUGGAAUAAUUAUAAAUAAUUAGAAAUCACUGAGAUGAAUGGGGAUGGAAUAUAAAAUAAAUCAGAAAAGAAAAAAUAUAGUACAGUAUAGAAGUCAUGGGCUUCAUUAUAUAUAUGAUAUCAGAGCAUAAGUUUAGUUAGAAGUUGAAUUAUUGAGGUGUCUGCAAUAAUUAAAAUUAAUUUGAAAUCACUGAUUACCCGCACACCAAAGGACAGAAUCGUAGACUUUAGAGACCGCCACGUGAGCACGACUUUGGCGAAAUUCCUGGAAACCCGGAAGUAGAACGCGGAAGUCACAAUGACGUCACUUUAGUUAAUGAAGAACAGUUGCCUCCGCAUUAGGUUAAAGGUAACCUAAAGAACACCAACGCCGAGGCGCGAGUUCCACUAAGAGACACCGAAGUCAGAUAUUAGGGUUACCUACCAUUUUUAAAAAAAUUUUUAGGGCUUUGAAAAGUUUGCGGUCCGCUGUACGUAGAACGAAAGGGCGCUACACCAGUUUGACUCCCUGAGAAAGUACUCCACGUUGUUGGUGCCAAAGUACCAUGCUUCUUCCGAGUUACAGAUCCUACAGUUACAGAUCCCUGCUGACAUCCGGCGGCUUGCAUACGAGCGUUUAAGCAACGGCAGCCACCUACCACGCCAGGAGCCAUGGAAUUUGAGCGAGUGCUGAAGGAGAUCGGCGGCUUCGGAAUGUUCAACAAGACUAUCAUCGCCGCCGCAGUAGUGCUUGGUACGUGGCACGCGGCAAUAUGCUACCUGGGUCACGUGCUCGUUCUUGUUGCGCCGCCUAGCCAGUGGUGUUUCGGCAAGGGAGUGAUCGUGAGUGGCGAAGCGUUGGACAUGACGUCGCUGCCCAGAGGUCGCUGCCAAUUCGUAGACGAAAUGUCGGACGCCGCCGGGAGCGGCGACUACGCUAACUUCACGGCCCAUCACUACACCGGCGCCACGUGUCCGACGGGAUGGAGGUACGACAACGCAGAGUUCUUCACGUCCAUCACGAUGGAGAACGAGUGGAUAUGUGGUGACAACUGGAAGAUGUACGCCACGCACACUGCCUAUUGGAUAGGAUCAAUGGCCGGAUGCCUUAUCUCCGGUUUUCUCGCAGACAGGAUGGGAAGGAAGAAGACCAUCCUGAUACUUCUUGCCCUAGGCGGGAGCGGCAACGCAUUCAGCGCCCUGUUUUCCAGCUUCGUGGGCUUCACAGCUCUACGUUUCAUUACUGGUCUCGGAGCCGGCACCGUUUGCAGCGCGACAUUCGUCAUAGCGAUCGAGUUCACGGUGUCCCACCGAAGGUCCCUGAUUACCCUGAUCUUCGCCAUGAGUUGGUCGUGCCUCUCCGCCGCGCUCCCCUGGUACGGUUAUCUGGUGCAGAGCUGGAGGAUCCUGCUUCUGUCCACCACGGUCAUCGACUUCAUGCUCGCGGCACUCGUCUGCUUCUGGGUACCAGAAUCACCCCGGUGGCUUCUAUCUGUUGGCCGUAAGGAGGAAGCGCUGGCCUCCCUGGAGCGGAUUUCUCGCAUUAACGGCAAGAAAAUGUCCAGGGAAACCCUCAACAAACUGCUGCUCCAACAAGAAGCAAGCGAAGAGAGUGACGAGCAAGUCGCACCUUCGAGGAAACCGCCAAGCUUCUUUCAGACGACGCUGCUGCUCGUGAAAUCACCGAGAAUCCGGCGACUCACAAUAUUUAUUUAUUUUGCAUGGUUCGUCAUUACGCUGUGCUACAAUGUGAUCACGCUGCAGCUCGGCAGACUCGACCUGAACAUAUACUCGACCUACGCCAUUGCCAUCGCUUUCGAGCUGCCCGUGAAUGUCCUCUGUCUCGUCCUCAUGGAUUCGGUGGGUCGUCGAUGGUCCAACACCGGCUUCCUGUUCCUCUCCGCUGUCGCCUGUUUCCUCCUAGGCCUACUGCGUCCAGAGUCCAGCACAUGGACGCUGGUCCUAGCCGUGGCCGCCAUCAUGGCGAUGGCUGGCGCCUACAACGUCACCAACCAGCUGGCGCCAGAGGCAUUCCCCACUGUUAUACGGGGCAGGGCGGUGCUUCUUCAAAAGCUCAUCGGAGACGUCGGUGGACUCACGGGAAUUCAAGUGGCCUCGCUGGUGGAGCGCGACACGUACACGCCCGUGCUGGUGAUGGGAGCGCUGUCUCUGGCUGCCACUGUGGUGGUGUUCUUCCUCCCGGAAACCCUGGAGCAGGCGCUACCGCAGAGCAUAGAAGACGGCGAGAACUUUGGAAAGGACCAGACGCUCUGUUUCUGCCCCGUAUCGGUGGCCAAGCGUGCGAGGAAGAAUCGGUGGCUUGAGAAGCAGGCAAGGAUAGCGGCACGGAAUUCCAAUGAAGACGAGCUGGGAGCAGCAGCUACUCCUCUGGCGGCGGACUCGUCAGUUUAAAGCACAAACGACGGAUAUACCAUUUUAGUGGCUCUCUAUACAAGCCGCCAUGCUCACACACACCUGACUAGCUAGCCUUUGUACGGACAGCUAGGAAUGCUCCGUUUGACUCCCCGCUAGCGAGUCAAGAUUCAUGUAUACUCAGACGAACAUGACGGCUCAAGCAUUUCGUUCUCACGAACAAGCCUCUGUCAGGCAAUGAGAGCCAGACCAACGAGAACUUAUUUGAAAGAACCUUCUAAAGUGAAAUUAGCCAGUGAUUGUUAUAAUAAUAAUAAUAAUAAUAAUAAUAAAGUUCUCUUGCGCCAGUUGGUGCAGGAAUAAUAUUUACAUUAUCAACAAAUGAAUUAUAAUUUUGCCCAUGUCAUAAAUGCAUACACGAGCCUGCCGUUGUCGUGCGUGUUUUGAGCGUUUUGUUUUCUUUUUUGCGUUUGCUGACAUUUUUCGGAGCACGUGUCCAGUGACGCACCUUGUGAAGGAUAUAUGUACAGCUCAUGUCGAAAAUAUAUUGUUGAAAGCUA